AUGCCAUCCUCCUCCUCCCUCGCAGACUACCUCGCAAAAAACUACCUAACAGCGGACCCCGUCCCCGAACGCCCCAAAAAGAAACGCAAGAAGACAAAACAGCAACCGGACGACGGAGGACUCAUCAUUGCAGAUGACGACCCGCCUGAUCUCCGCACAUCUGCAAACACCACUCGAAACGAAGACGAAGAUAGUCCAUACAUCGUAAACUCCGGGUCAGCGGAGUUUCGACGCGCGAAGAAAUCCAGCUGGAAGACCGUCGGCGGGCCGACGUCAUCAUCAACAUCAUCAUCAGACCAAGCUGCCGCAGAUGCGAUUCUUGCCUCUGCUGCGGCGGAGAGUGCUGCGAGACAGAAUGCGAAUGAGGAUGAAGACGCGCCGACUAUUGCGGACGAGGAUUAUGGUGGUGGGCCUCGGAUGGAGUCUGGGGCGCGCGCGGGUCUACAAACUGCAGAGCAGACGGCUGCGAUGAUGAAAGCGUUGGAGAGACGGAAGAAGGCUGAGUCAGAUGCAUAUCUAAAAGAAGCUGGGAAGAAUGCUGCGGGCAUGCAGGAGACUAUUUACCGUGAUGCUUCUGGACGGAUUAUCAAUGUGGCGAUGAAACGAGCCGAGGCGCGGCGCGCAGAGGAAGAGAAGAAGGCCAAGGAAGAAGCUGCAAAAGAAGCAUUACUGGGUGAUGUGCAGAGACGGGAACGAGAGGCGCGCAAGGAGCAGAUACGUGAAGCGCGGGCUAUGCCUCUGGCGAGAACCAUCGAAGACGAGGCUUUGAAUGAGGAGCUCAAGGCGCGAGAUCGAUGGAACGAUCCCGCAGCGCAGUUUUUGACGUCGAAAAAGGAGGGCGUUUCAGUGAGCGGGAAGCCGCUGUAUAAGGGUGCCUUUCAGCCGAAUCGGUAUGGCAUUCGACCGGGCCAUCGGUGGGACGGGGUUGAUCGAAGUAAUGGCUUUGAGAAGGAGUGGUUCGCCGCGCGGAAUCGUAAGGAGAGGAUUAGUGCGCUCGAAUACCAGUGGCAGAUGGACGAGUAG